GUUGCACUGUUUUGGGUGAUUUGGACCUUCGUUCAUUUACCGCACGUGUUUACAAUUUUAGAAAUUGCGUAUAUUUUUUUUAUUUAUUACAACAUUUACUUUUGUUUAAUUUGAAAAAAGAAAUGGACAAAUUCGCAGUUCCCAACAAAUUGCCAGGCAAAACUGUAUCAGUUUUAGCCCACCGCAAACGCCGCAUUCUCCAAGAUAAAGCAACACUAGAGCAGAAAAAAGCCCUAAAAACCAAGAGAGUUGCAAGUGCCAAGAAACACCAUAAAUUCAAACGUCCAGAAUCAUUUGUUAUGAAUUAUCUUAAAGCAGAACGCACCGCUAAACGUAUAAAACAGACUAUGAAACGUACUAACUUGGUGGACUUUAAUGAGCCCGAAAAAUCAAACGAAAAAUUAAUUUUGGUUAUGAGACAUGCAGGAAAAAAAAUUUUCGAUGAAACAACAAAUAAAAUUUUCAACACUUUACAUAUGGCCAGUCGCCACAACGCUGUAUUUCUAAGAAAUAAUAAGGAAACUCAAGUACUGCUGAAAGUCAUAGAGCCUUUUGUUGUAUAUGGAUAUCCUACUUUGUCAACAAUACGUGAAUUACUGUUUAAGAGAGGUUUUGCACGUAUUAAUUCCAGAAAAACACCUAUUCAAUCCAACGCAAUGGUUGAAGAACAUCUUGGUGAUAAAGGCAUUAUUUGUUUGGAAGAUAUAAUACACGAAAUCUAUACAGUAGGACCAAAUUUCGAUGCUGUUAAAGAAUUCCUAUGCAGUUUUAUGCUCUCCAGUCCCCGAGAAGGUUGGAAGAAUAAAGUAUCGGUGCCAUUCAAAAGGGGUGGUGAAUACGGUGAUAGAGGAGAUGGAAUCAAUGAAUUAAUAAUGCGUUGUCUAUAAGCGUUUAUUAUAGUUAAAGUAGUUGCAUAUAAAUUUUUUAUUUUAAUAAAAAAUAAAAUUUUAGAAUAAGUUGAGUCAAAA